AUGGUGAUACUGGUACCACAUGCCGAUGUGAAUGUUGAUAUGGGAGAGUCAGGAACCAGUAAAACAACUAUUGCAACGGAUUAUUUAGGACCGUGUCUUUGUUUUCUGUUCGAUAUGAAGUUUUUUGGUGAUAAUGUGUCUUUUAUUAGUCAUUAUUCAUUUUCAAUUAAUGACGAGAAAUUAUCACCAUCAGAGUUAUUAAUUAAAAUCCUUGAAUAUCUUGUUACUGAAUUACGCUAUGCUUUUCAGAUUCCUGCACUUAUAUCUGAAAAAGGUCAAUCAUACUUCUCAAACGUGGUUGUACUUAUAGCUGGAGGUGAUCCAAAAGAAUGUAAAAAUAUGCACAAUGCAUUAUGUAUGUUAAACUCAAAUGACAAUAAUUUUAAUAUUGAAAACGAGUGUGAAGAUAAUGAAGUACGUUUUCUUUAUUAUAAAUUAAAGAAAAGAAUUAUUAUCAUCAAAUCAGUGUCAAAGAUGUUGAAAAAUAAGGAUGAAUUUGCUGGUAAUCCACCUGAUUUACGUGAUAUAUUAUAUUCAUCAAAUAUUAAAAUUGGUAUUAAUGGAUUUAAUCGUAUUGGUCGGCUUGUAUUGCGAUGUGCACUUGAACAAGGUAUUCAAGUAAUAGCUGUUAAUGAUCCAGAUCCAUCGGCUUGUUUGCAACCUGCUGUACAUAUGGUUGAUAAGUUGAAAUUCGAUUCAGCAAAUGCAUAUUUCAAAGGUGAAGUUUUCCAUAAAGAUAAAUUUAUUGUUGCCGAUCAAGUAAUCAGCGCCCUCACUGUGCAACGACAAACAUACGUUCCACCAUGGGAUGAACUCGGUGUUGAAUAUGUUGUUGAAACAAUCUGUAAAUAUACAACAAUUGAUGAAUAUAAAUCACAUUUACAAGCUGGUGCUAGGAGAGUUAUCAUUACAGUACCAUCAGCUGAUGCUCCAGUGUUUGUUAUGGGGGUCAAUGAAGAUAAAUAUACAGGAAGAGAAACAGUUCUUUCAAGUACAUUAUAUACAACAGCAAAUUGUUUAGCACCACUUGUUAAAGUUGUUCAUGAAAAAUUUGGUAUUGUUGAAGCUUUAAUAACAACUUUAAGUUCGUCCAUUCGUGUACAAGAAACUGUUGAUGAACCAUCAGAUAAAAGUGGGCGAUCACGUGAAGCUGAACAAAAUAUUCUUUUUGCAAAUAAUAUUACUAUUGAUAAAGCUAUCGGAAAAAUAAUUCCUGACUUGAAUGAAAAAUUAACUGGCACGAGUUUCAUUUUUCCAACAUUAAAUGUUUCACUUAUUGAUCUUACUGCUCGGUUAAACAAAGGCACUAAAUAUGAAGAAAUUUGUGCUGCAAUUCGAGAAGCUGCUAAUGGUCCAUUAAAAAAUAUUUUGGCUUAUAGUGAUGAUAAUAGUGUUCCAACACAUGAUAUCGUUGAUAAACAUUCAUUAAUCUUUUAUGCUCAAGCUGGUAUUUUGCUCAAAGAUAAUUUUGUCAAACUUGUCUCAUGGUGUAACAAUGAAUAUAGUGAUGCAAAUCGUGUUAUGGAUCUGAUCAAAUAUAUUUUCAAAAAAGAUUAUGAAGAUAAGCUUAAACAAUCCUUGGAAUGA